AUGAACGGUCAUGGCCCCCCUCGACUUGCAAUUGAAGAUAGCAAGCGCAGCAAAGCCACUGUAUUGUCGGAAGGUGGGUACUACGUUCGUGCACUAGGAAUAUUCAUCUGGCAUUUUAUCAACUUGAUAUCAACAUGAAAUCUCUCCCCACAUACCUCCUUACGUUCCGCUUAGUAGUUAAAAAUAUCAACUUGGAUUACUUUUUAGUUUGCCAUUUCUGAGUUCCAAAUACUCUCAUUUUCAAAACGAGGCUAAGUGACAUUUUUUCUCGUGAAAAUGAGUUUAAUCUGCAUGACAAUGAAUAUUAUUUUCAUAUCAAUUAUACUUCAGAACGCAUUUAUGCAACAAGAGGUUUUCAGAACCCUUUAUUUGUCAUAUCGGAGCAAUAUAUUUUGUUCAUUCAUUUACUUAUUUUUACCACCACAUUACAAGUUAUUGUCGGUCCAAUGUGUAUAGUGUACAAACGUAUUUAUUUUUAUAGUUAUUUAUUUGUUUUUAUUUUAGUUCCUAGGUUAAGUGGAAAAGAACAACUUCUUUUCAGUUUUGUAAAGAUGGCGGAACCGGAGAGUAUCGGAGGCGGCACUGAUACAGAUCACUAUGACAAAAAAUUAGUAAAGGUAGGUUUUCACACAAUGCUGUUGUGUAUUUAUAAUUGAAUGGUGAAAGCUAAUCCCUGAUGUUUGAAUUUAAAUGUUAAAUGUUAAAUGUUAGUCCACUAGAAGGUUUCUAGAGUAAGCUCGAAUUAUCAUUCGCCAGUUCUGUUUAUUUCCAGAAGGGGAAAGAAUAAGGUGUAUACUGUUGCAUUGCAAAUACAGCCGCCUCUCGUCGCUCUCCGUCGCUAGGAAAUGUCCCGUCCCGACGGCGUGGAGCGAUGUGAGUGGGCUGUAUUUACAGGAUAGUAGGAUUUCUUGUCUCUGAUUUCAUGCUGCUUCCUCACACGACAAUAUUGCACCGCUUUGAUCAAGCUGGAAUUUCUUUCGCAGGGAGCAAUUCUAAAAUAGAGACCUUUAGAUUUGUGAGCAUGGACGACUCAGAGGUUUUUUUGCCCCUUCUCAGAAAAUAGUAAUCCCGAAAAGUUUUAUUGCACUUUUUUACUAGAAAAGUUAGAACGGUUAUUUUUAUUGAAGGAGUUUGAGCCCUCUCUCGAUCGCAGAAUGAUAAAACUUCUAACAUUUGAUAACUUAUUUCCGCCUCCAUGACAUUCUCGUUAAAACGCGUAGUAGAAUGACCACGGCUGUUAUGUUUUCGCGCCAAAAUGAUGUUGGUUCACGCCUUGCACUUCUUGCCAUUGUCAAAAUCUCUUCCUCGUAGUCGUCCUCGUCCUAGAAUCUAACGGUCACUAUUGAGAAACACUCUUAAUCUAGAAAUGAUGACUAACUGUAGUACUCUAUUUCUUGUAGGGUAAUACCUUCAAUACCAGUGAGAGUAAGAAGAAACGUCAUCGCAAGCGUAAAGGGUCCAGUACACCUGAACUUCUGCCUGACAGUCCUAGCUAUGAAACGUCCAAUGGACCCGAGCCUUCCCCUGAAAGCCAUUCUAGUGCUGACGCGCUUAGGUCAGCGGGUGUUGUCAGUCGUACAGCUGGGCUGCUUUUCUCGAGUGCUCGUGGGUUCUUUGGUGGCCUUCACAAUCCAUGGAAACAAUCAAAACCUUGGAGUGUCCAUAGUGAUCCCAAUAUAUCCGCAAGAAGCGAACUCAGCCAAGCGAGCAAUAGCUCGCCGAGACCAAAUAAUCCGGGUUUAUCCCGAGCAAAGAGUCUUGAGUUAGUUCCAGAGAAAACAUCAAUUCAAAAACCUGCACCAUCACCACCAGCACCGACCCUUUCGUCCGAGUUUGGCGUGAUGUUGAAGCCCCCACCAGAUUGUUAUUACCCUAAGAAAGGCCCCGCAAAGAACAUUUUUCCUGGUCCCGUGAAAUAUGGGAAAUAUGGCGUGUUAGAUUCUCAGUUGGCAUAA